AUGGAUGUAGGCGGUCAGAUCCUAAGUGCUCUAACAGACAUCAAGUCGUCGGUGAACAGCUGUGUCCUGAGAGAGAGUCUGCCCAACGCGUGUGUGGUAGAGGAAAUCCCCAACUCAGGACUGGAGUUUUGGACGGAGUGUCGCUACUGGCUCAACCGCAAGAUAUGUGGCCGCAAGACGAGGAUUCGGUUCGAGUGUUGUGAGGGAUUUGAGCGAAUUACUGGUGAGGAUGGAUGCACAAGAGUUAAGCCUCUGAUGAACUUGCUGGAAACGGCAGAGAGUCUUGGGGCGACCAAAUGGGCGCAGUACAUCCGUGAGUCUGGUCUGGCCGGGGAGCUAGAGGGUGCUGCAGCUUACACGCUCUUUGCUCCUACCAAUGAAGCCUUCGACAAUCUCAGAAGAUCACUAAGGAGCCAGAUGGAGUCGUAUCGCGGUAACCCCAACAAUCCUAUCCUGCUGUAUCAUAUCCUGCCUACCAAGCUGCUCAGUGAAGAGUUCCAAGCAAAUACCAUGGCUGAGACGAGAUAUCAAGGUCAUAACAUUAGAAUCAACAAGUAUUCAAAUGGGAUGACGACUAUCAACUGUGCUCUCUUGAUUCGUAAGGACCAACACGCCACUAAUGGAGUUGUUCAUUUAAUCAACAACAUUCUCGACCCCUCUGUAGGCAUCUUGCAGAACGUGGCUGAUAUGAUUCUGAAUGAUGGGAGGUUCACAGUGCUGGCAGAGAUCCUUGAAAAGAGUGGUUAUAUCAACGUCCUUCGCACCAUGCAGGAAUCCAUAACCAUUCUAGCGCCCUCUGACGAAGCCUUCCAGAAACUGCCAGAGUCCAGGAGAGAAAAAAUUAUUAAUGACAGAGAAGCAAGAUUGGCUCUCUUCCAAAACCACGUCAUUCCCCACGUCAUAUGUGAAUCCGCCAUCACGGGAGAACAUCGGGUGAAGACUGUAUCUGAUAACAAACUCACCUUCAACUGUGACAUAGAGGGAGCAUCCGUCGAGACCUCCAAGCUAAGAGGGAAUUAUAACCUUGGCAAGAACGGCAUUAUACAUAUGAUUGAUGAUGUUCUUCUUCCCGAUAGAGCCAAAAACCUGAUCGAACUAGCAGAGAGCCGUCACUUGGUUACCUUCGUCGAGCUAGUGAAGAAGGCGGGUCUGGAGGAAACUCUUAGCCACACGGGCGACUACACCUUCUUUGUACCUGACGAGGCUGCCUGGUAUGCUUUGGACUCGAAUGUGUUAAACGACGCCCGUCGGGACUUAGAUCUGGCAGGUCAGCUGGUUCGCUUCCAUGGGGCCUACGGUCGCCACCUGACUAACGCUAUCACUGAUAACCAGGCGAUAAUGUCCCUGAACGAGGAGGAUCCAGUGCGUCUGCAGGUGUGGCGUCGUGCACUUGGGGUUGAGGACGCCAAGAUCACCGACAAGGACAUCGAGGCCCAGAACGGCGUCAUCCACAUCAUUAACAAGGUCAUCAUGCCAUCCAACCGGUCCGUCAGUGACAUACUUAGGUCCCUACCCGACCACACCUUCAACACCUUCCUGGAGGCGAUAGAGUCCGUCAACGUAGAGGGCAGAACCAUGCUCAGUCUGGGUCCUGGCGACGAAGUCUUCUACACCUUCUUCGUGCCUACUGACCAAGCCUUCAGGUUCCUCAGCCAGGAGACGCUGAGGAGGAUCAGGACUGACGGAGAGUAUCUGAAGCAGGUGGUGAAGAACCAUGUCGCCAUCAACAUGUUCCCAGAGACGUCCUUUGAGAGUAACCUCAUUUACACCAUCAAUGGCAUGGCAGGACCUUUUGACGUCAAGAAGAACAUUAACAACGUUUUGAUGGUGAACGGCCAAGAGGUUAUCAGCAGUCACAUGAGUGCAAACGGCGUCAUCCACGUAAUCGAGGAGGUGUUCUUGCCGGAGAACACCUACACGUAUUCCUCCGUCAAGAAAGUCAUCACCAGCCACAAGGAGGGAGGAGGAGUAGGAGGUGGUGGGAGGUCAUCCUCGUCGGUCUCUUCCCGGACGUCUUCACGCAGGUCCUACAAGAAGGUGACGUUUGCUGAGACUUACGACGGUGGAGAAGCCAACCCGAAUCAGCUGCCGGCCUUCCCUCAAGGUAGUGUGUCCUCCGCUAGUGCCACCAGGAGGAAGACUUCAAGAAGGAAGUCGAGGAGGAGGAAACCAUCUCCUUCUUCUUCCUCCUCCUCCUCUUCUUCCUCCUCUUCCUCCUCCUCCCCCUCCUCCUACUCUCCAAGAGUAACCACUAGUAGCACGACCUCCUCUUCAGACGACGUGAGGAGUAACCCUGCCUCCUCCUAUGCCGGCACCACCGCCCUUGAAGAGACACACCUCCAGGGCUCCGGUUUCUCUGCACGUGAAUCCGAGGCCUCAGUCAACUCUCUCAGACCCUCUACAGGAAGUGGCUCAGGUCUCAAUAACUACCCUGCGUCCACCACUACUACCACUACUACCACCACCAGUGAACCCGGUUUAAGGGACACUUACGCUUCCAACUCUGUCAACACUUACGACCCUCAAACCAACAGGAAUGCUGAGGGUUCCUAUACUGUCCGUCAAGGAUCAUAUUCCUCUGCUUCUUAUAAACCUUCCACUGCCUCGUCGCCCGUGUCGGUGUCGGAUUCCUUCACGUCCGACACCCAAAUGACCCGCGGUGAGGAGGACGAUGUUCAAGGACCUCGUCGCGGUGAUGCUUCCUUUUCCUCCUCCUCCUCCUCCCGCCGUAGAGAUCCUGACCUGGAUGGUGACGUCUCCUCCUCCUCCUCCUCCUCCUCUUCCCCGCCAGAUCCUGACCUGGAUGGUGACGUCUCCUCCUCCUCCUCCUCCCGCCGUAGAGAUCCUGACCUGGAUGGUGACAUCUCCUCCUCCUCCUCCUCCUCCUCCUCCCGCCGUAGAGAUCCUGACCGGAUGGUGACGUCUCCUCCUCCUCCCCCAGAUCUGGCCGGGAUGGUGAUCUCGGGAUCGUCUCUACCUCCUCUUCCUCCUCCCGCCGUAGAGAUCCUGACCUGGAUGGUGACGUCUCUUCCUCCUCCUCUUCCCGCCGUAGAGAUCCUGACCUGGAUGGUGACGUCUCCUCCUCCUCCUCCUCUUCCCGCCGUAGACAUCCUGACCUGGAUGGUGACCUCCUCCUCCUCUUCCCGCCGUAGACAUCCUGACCUGGAUGGUGACGUCUCCUCCUCCUCCUCCUCCUCAACCUACGACCUGUCAGCCACAAGGACGAGAACCGAGCCAACAGGUUCCUCAGACCAUGAUAGACGCGGUUCCUCUGGCGUCAUUACGUCAGGUGGAUCUGUUUCUGGCUCGGGCUACUCAGGUGGGUCAGGUCGGUCGGGUGGAUCAGAUUAUUCGGGUAGAUCAGAUCAUUUGGGCAGAACUGGCUACUCUAGUGGAUCAGAACGCUCAGAUGGAUCAGAUUAUUCAGGUAGAUCAGGUCAAUCGGGUGAGUCAGGUCGGUCGGGCGGAUCAGGUCGGUCGGGUGGAUCAGGUCGGUCGGGUGGUUCAGGUUACUCUAGUGAAUCAGAACGCUUGGGUGGAUCAGGUCGGUCGGGUGGAUCAGGUCGGUCGGGUGGAUCAGGUCGGUCGGGUGGAUCAGGUCGGUCAAGUGGAUCAGAUUAUUCAAGUGGAUCAGGUUAUUCUAGUGAAUCAGAACUUUUGGGUGGAUCAGGGUCAGGUCGGGUGGAUCCAGGUUACUCUAGAGAAUCAGAACGCUUGGGUGGAUCAGGUCGGUCGGGUGGAUCAGGUUACUCUAGUGGAUCAGAACAUGCGGGUGGAUCAGGUCGGUUGGGUGGAUCAGGUCGGUCGGGUGGAUCAGGUUACUCUCGAGAAUCAGAACGCUGGGUGGAUCAGGUGGUCGGGUGGAUCAGGUUACCUAGAGGAUCAGAAAAGUGGGUGGAUCAGGUUACUCUAGAGGAUCAGAACAAGCGAGUGGAUCAGGUUACGUUAGAGGAUCAGAACAAGCGAGUGGAUCAGGUUACUCUAGUGGAUCAGAACAUGCGGGUGGAUCAGGUCGGUUGGGUGAUCAGGUUACCUCGAGAAUCAGAACGUUUGGGUGGAUCAGGUCGGUCGGGUGGAUCAGGUUACUCUAGUGAAUCAGAACGCUUGGGUGGAUCAGGUCGGUCGGGUGGAUCAGGUCGGUCGGGUGGAUCAGGUUACGUUAGAGGGUCAGAGCAAGCAGUUGGAUCAGGUUACUCUAGUGGAUCAGAACAUGCAGGUGGAUCAGGUCGGUCGGGUGGAUCAGUUCGGUCGGGUGGAUCAGGCUAUUCGGGUGGAUCAGGUUACUCAGGUGACUCCGGCUAUCCUGGCGGCUCUAACAACUCUACAACCAGCCGCUCUGGUUACUCUAGCGGCUCUGUCUCUGGCUCUGCUUACUCUGGUGAUGCUGGCUCAGGCUCUGGCUACCCUGGAGGCUCUGGCACUAACUUGGGUGGCUCUCGUGGCUUCUCCUCCUCCUCUUCUCGGUCGUACUCUUACAACUACUUGCGCGGCCCCGGAGGUUUGCAGUCAGGCCCGCCAGAGCUCCCAGCCACCACCUACGGCUUAGGGAUCUUCACCAACAACUCUUCUUCUCACCGUAAGAACACUGUCGCGCCAGUUAAACCUAAAGGGGGAGGAUUCAGCUAUGUGGGACAUUCCUACGGCCAGGAUGUAGUGGGACACACAGACGAAGUGGUUGGUGGGGGCACAGCGUCCUCCCCUCUGCCCUUCACUGUUGGGUUAGAGGGUCGUAGGUCCCUGGGAGGCGGGGUGGAAGGUGUCGGGGGUGCUGGAGGUACCGGCAGCACCACACACGAGUAUCACUUUUCGCGUGUGGAGGAGAGACUGCCGACCCGGGGCGAUGUAAACAAUGGCCUGCUGAGGAGUAGCGGGAAAAGUAGAAGCAGCAGCACUACCACCAGAAGUAGCAGCAGGCGUCGAUACGGCGUGACUCGCACCGUCGUUACCUCGUCACGCCCCCAGCCGCUACCAUUCCCACUGGAGGGUGGGCUAAGCCCCUCUACUACUCGAGAUGAUAAAGAUGGCUCGUCUUCUGUUUCAGCUUACGCCUUCACAGGGGAUGACACCAUGUACGCUGACGGCACCGACUUUGCAGACGUCAAAUCAGGAGGCAAGGCGACUGUCUCUCGCAAGGAAGCCGCCGCUCUUCGUCGACGCUUGCGCCGCAAGCGUCAUCAAAAACGUGGAGGGAAGAAGCGCCGUGGCCGCAAGGGAGGGAGACGCAAGGCUGCUGCUUCACGCCACCAGUAACCAACAACCUCCAGGGAGACGCACCACUGGGCUGUGUCUCUCUUAGCAAUAGGACCAGUGUCGUGUGUCUCUCACACGACACUGGAUCUCCCAUUGCAUAAUGAAUCACUGCCUACUCUUUUUAUGUUAUUAUUUUCUUCCCUCUUCUAAUCUUCCUUCCUUCCCUUCCUGUACUUUAAAAGAGCAUUACUUAAAAAAAAGUGUUACAUUUUUAAACCAACCAACAACAACCAGCUAGUUAUUUUUGCCUAUUUGUUUACAAGUGCGUGAGGCCAGAGAGGAGACCUUCACUGUACAGUAGAGACGACGUGUAAGUUUGAGAGAUGUCCCACGACCGCGACUCACCCCUGCCUGUAUCAUGGUGCUUUAGUCUAUAAGUGUUAUUACUAGCUUAACAUGUAUCUUUAUAUCUUUAAUAAAAUAUAGAAAACAGUUUGAUA